AUUAGAGACCAGGAGGUCUUGUCUUCCAGUAUGUGCUGUACUCUCUUUCAUUACUGUAGUGUAUUGAUUGUGUCAUCUGUUAUGUAAUCAUGUGUGAGCAUGAGCCUAUAUAAGCAGCUGUGCAUCUUGUCUCCUGGUUGUACGUGUAGAGCUCAAUAGUAUUUUUUCAUACAACUACGGGCUCCUCUCUCCACGUGGCUGAACGCGUGCUAGUUUACCGUUAGACCUCAUGAGUCUACAACAAUUUGGCGACGAGGACGAAGCAGUUAUGUCCACGUCUCCCACGAGUGGGGGAGGAGAACCUCCAGCAGCUGCAGUCGUUGCAGCGCCGCCACCGUCGGUUGGACUACACGGCGCCGUCGCCAUGUUCGACCCGUCGCAGGACGAUUGGUGUGAAUACAUCGAG